CAGUUUCAAAUUAUAUAAUACAGCUGUAUCACUGCUGUCAACUGUCAACAGUUGUUUGAAUCAGUUUGAAUUGAUCUGUUUUGUGGUUAACGGUAUGUCGCAACCUCCGGCGCGUAGUAUUUGGGCGAUGAUAAUUCGCAACUUUAUCAACUCUCUGAAACCAAGACAGUUUAGUGGAACUCAUAUGGGGUCCGACCAUUUCGGGAAUAAGUAUUACGAGAUACCAGCCAAUCCCUCGAUCGGAAAACGGCGCGCGAAUAGAUGGUUUGAGCCCAAAGACAAGGAGGACUUUCAGCAGGAGAUGCCAGCCGAAUGGGAAGCCUGGUUGAGAGGUCGUAGAGUGGAAGUGCCCUCAGACGAGGAGGUUCUCAGAAAUCUAGCAAUUAUGCAGCUUAAGAAAAAGAACGCUAUUGCAAUCGAGGCUAAGGCUGGAAAGAAGACGCCCAUGGAGAAGGGCAUGGAAUCGUUUCCCAAACGUAAUGAAUAUGAGAUGAUACCCGGCAAACGGCAGAAUGAAACAUAAUCGACUGUAGACAAAUUGUAAAAUUAUUAUAAAUAAAAGCAUAUUUUAGGUUAUAAUUUA